CUUCCGGGCCAGCCGCGACCACUUCCCGGCUGACAGCUAGCAGGCGGAAGUGCAGUCGGCUCACAGCUGCUGGCUCUGGGCGGGCAAGAGGGAGGCUCCCAAAUAGGGGGCCGGGCCGGGAUGGCAGCAGCGGCUGGGGCCGGCGCCGGGUCUUGGGCAUCCCAGGAGAAGCAGUUCCCACCUUCGAUGCUGAGCUUCUUUAUCUACAACCCGCUCUUUGGGCCACGCGAGGGAGAGGAGGAAAAUAAAAUUUUGUUUUAUCAUCCAAACGAAGUAGAAAAGAAUGAAAAAAUUAGAAACGUUGGUUUAUGUGAAGCUAUCGUACAGUUUACAAGAACCUUUAGUCCAUCAAAACCUGCAAAAUCUUUACAUACACAGAAGAAUAGACAGUUCUUCAAUGAACCAGAAGAAAACUUCUGGAUGAUCAUGGUAGUUCGGAAUCCUAUAAUUGAAAAACAAAGUAAGGAUGGAAAACCAAUUGUUGAAUACCAAGAGGAGGAGCUGUUGGACAAGGUCUACAGCUCAGUGCUGCAGCAGUGCUACAGCAUGUACAAGCUUUUUAAUGGGACAUUUCUGAAAGCCAUGGAAGAUGGCGGUGUCAAGCUCCUGAAAGAAAGAUUAGAGAAAUUCUUCCAUCGGUAUUUGCAAACACUACAUUUGCAGUCAUGUGACCUACUUGAUAUUUUUGGUGGAAUCAGCUUUUUCCCAUUGGAUAAAAUGACUUAUUUGAAAAUCCAGUCCUUUAUUAAUAGAAUGGAGGAAAGCCUGAAUAUAGUCAAAUAUACUGCGUUUCUCUAUAAUGAUCAACUCAUCUGGAGUGGAUUAGAACAAGACGACAUGAGAAUUUUAUACAAAUACCUCACCACCUCUCUGUUUCCCAGGCACAUCGAACCUGAGUUGGCCGGAAGGGAUUCUCCAAUAAGGGCAGAAAUGCCAGGAAAUCUUCAACAUUAUGGGAGAUUUCUUACUGGACCCUUGAACCUUAAUGAUCCAGAAGCAAAAUGCCGAUUCCCGAAAAUUUUUAUAAAUACAGAUGACACUUAUGAAGAGCUCCAUUUAAUUGUUUAUAAGGCAAUGAGUGCAGCCGUGUGCUUUAUGAUCGAUGCGUCCAUUCAGCUAACGUUGGAAUUUUGCCGAAGACUGGACAGCAUCGUGGGGCCCCAGCUCACAGUGCUGGCAUCUGAUAUCUGUGAGCAGUUUAACAUCAACAAAAGGAUGUCUGGGUCUGAGAAAGAACCCCAAUUUAAGUUUAUCUAUUUCAACCACAUGAACUUAGCAGAGAAGAGUACAAUUCACAUGAGGAAAACGCCCAGCGUGUCGCUUACGUCUGUUCACCCCGACUUAAUGAAGAUUUUAGGUGACAUCAACAGUGACUUUACCAGAGCAGAUGAAGAUGAAGAAAUCAUUGUGAAAGCCAUGAGUGAUUACUGGGUGGUUGGAAAAAAGUCAGAUCAGCGGGAGCUGUAUGUUAUUUUGAAUCAAAAAAAUGCAAACCUGAUUGAAGUCAAUGAAGAAGUAAAGAAACUCUGUGCCACGCAGUUCAACAACAUCUUCUUUUUGGAUUGACAGACAGUGGCCCACAGAAAACAUCUUUCCAAAAUCUCAGCGAACAUUUUGUUUACCAUUGCAAGUUAUUGGUCAUAUUAUUGACUGGAUUAAUGAUAAUAGUAAAGCAAUACUUGCUUUGAAGAAUCAAAUUUCUACUGUCUGAUGAUCCCUUGAGGUUUUUAGAUUUUAAAUAUUUAUGUGGAAUUGAUUAAAGAUAGUCAGCUAUAUAUCAUUCCAUUCUUUUGACAUUAUGUGAAUAUUUUACUGGAAAAUGAGACUAAUAAAUUCUUAAAAAGUUUUUAAAAUUUUGGUUUUGCAUUGAGUAUUGUUGCUGGUUUGUAGCGUACCCUGGCCGCUGGCUCCCUGGCUUAUGCCCUGUGGAUUUAAAACCUCAGUCAACAUUCUGCUAGAGCUGUGGUCUAGCAGAAUUCCUCAGCCCUGAGACCACAAGAGCCAGGCACUUGCCCAGAUAAUUGCUAGACUUUGUCUUCAAUGUUACCCAGGACUAAUAGACCACACCGAUGACAGAGAACUGAAACAGAAAGUUUCUUCAUUAUUCCAGGAACUCCCAAGGAGCCAAAGUGCUGCAUAUAUCUCCUUACAGGGAAGACUGAAUUUUACUUAAUUUUUGGUGUGGAUGAAAAAGUGACUCCACAGACCCUUUUACCUAAUCUAUGUUGGCCCUUAUCUCAGGGAAGAGGAACAGUUUCAUCAGUUUGUAGAAUUUUCACUGGUCCUAAAUAAUCCCAAGUUUCCAUUAUGAUCUUCUCUAUUUUGAUUAGAGUUUGGUUGGUUGGUUGGUUGGUUUUUUGUUUUGUGGUACUAGGGGUUGAACCCGGAGCCUUUA